CUGGGUCUGGACAGACAGAGGCGGCUGGGCCUCUGCCUGCAGUGGUCACUGCUCCUCAGUCUCAGCCAGCACCAUGAGUGGCCGAGUUGGAGACCUGAGCCCCAAACAGGCAGAGACCCUGGCCAAGUUCCGAGAAAACGUCCAGGAUGUGUUGCCUGCCCUGCCCAACCCUGAUGAUUACUUUCUUCUUCGUUGGCUCCGAGCCCGGAACUUUGACUUGCAGAAAUCAGAGGCCAUGCUUCGCAAGUACAUGGAGUUCCGGAAGACAAUGGACAUUGAUCACAUUCUUGAUUGGCAGCCCCCAGAGGUGAUCCAGAAGUACAUGCCUGGCGGCCUGUGUGGCUAUGACCGUGAUGGCUGCCCCGUUUGGUAUGACAUCAUUGGGCCACUGGACCCCAAAGGGUUGCUUUUCUCAGUCACCAAGCAGGACCUGUUGAAGACCAAGAUGAGGGACUGUGAGCGCAUCCUGCACGAGUGUGACCUGCAGACAGAGCGGUUGGGGAGGAAGAUUGAGACCAUUGUGAUGAUAUUCGACUGUGAGGGUCUGGGACUGAAGCACUUCUGGAAACCUCUGGUGGAAGUAUACCAGGAGUUCUUUGGCCUUCUUGAAGAGAACUACCCAGAGACCCUGAAGUUCAUGCUCAUUGUGAAGGCUACCAAACUGUUCCCUGUGGGCUACAACCUCAUGAAGCCAUUCCUGAGUGAGGACACACGAAGGAAAAUUGUGGUGUUGGGAAACAGCUGGAAAGAAGGCCUGCUGAAACUCAUCAGUCCUGAGGAGCUGCCUGCUCAUUUUGGGGGAACUCUGACUGACCCAGAUGGGAACCCCAAAUGUUUGACUAAGAUCAACUAUGGUGGGGAGAUCCCCAAGUCCAUGUAUGUGCGGGACCAGGUGAAGACUCAGUACGAGCACUCGGUGCAGAUUAGCCGAGGCUCCUCACACCAGGUGGAGUAUGAGAUCCUGUUUCCAGGCUGUGUCCUCAGGUGGCAGUUCUCAUCUGAUGGUGCAGACAUUGGCUUCGGAGUUUUCCUAAAGACCAAGAUGGGGGAGAGGCAGAAGGCCGGGGAGAUGACUGAGGUGCUAACCAGCCAGCGCUACAAUGCCCACAUGGUACCUGAGGACGGGAGCCUCACCUGCUCAGAGGCUGGCGUCUAUGUCCUGCGCUUUGACAAUACCUAUAGCUUUGUGCAUGCCAAGAAAGUCAGCUUCACGGUGGAAGUGCUUCUCCCAGACGAGGGCAUGCAGAAAUACGAUGAGGAGCUCACCCCUAUCUAGGCGGAUGCCCUGCUUUUCAGAGACCCCAAAGCUCAGUUUUCUCUCUACUCUCCCUUUCAUUCCUACAAUUGAUCCUUAAUCCAGCUGACUGACACCAGCGAGCAGAGAAAGAGAGUGUCACUGAGGCCCAGGAAUAGGGAAAUGACUCUGCUUGACCUGUCUAUCCUAAGAUAGUUUGCUUGACUCCCUCCCUGUGAGCUGUAAGCAACUCGAGCUGAAGAUUAUCUGAACCCUUUCCACUUCCACUCGCCAUAUAGUAGGCUCUUAGUGUAUUCCUGUAGGUUAAACAGAGGACCAGCAGGCAGAGACCAGUAGCUCACAGGAAUCAUAAGGAAGAGACCCAACAGCAGAUUUCAGCACCCCGGACAGAUCCACACUUGGAAACGACCCAGGCCGUGCAACCUGACUGUGGUUUCUUUUUGGGAGUUUCAGACACAAAAGCUCCUCACCUCUGGCAGGAGGCACAUACUCCUGACUUUGCCUGACCCAGGGGCACCGGUCCCACCCAUUAUUCCCAUAAACACCUCCUUCCUUUUGACCUCACAGCACAUAUUUUCAGCAAUUAAAAUAAUUUUCCCCAAAGCAAAAGAAGUCACGACCAACUCUCUGCUGCUGGGCAAAGCAAUAACAACAGCUGUUGUUUGGUGAGGCGUGUCACCAUCCCAAGUGCUUUACAAGUUUAGCUCAUGCCAUCUUCACACCACCCCAAUACCCUUAUUAAAGUCACUUUAUGAAUGAAGAAACUGGGCUCCGAGAGACUGAACUAGCCACUCCGUGUCAUAAAGCCUGAAGCGGCAGAUCUAGGACCUGAGGGGUUUUGUUUGUUUGUUUGUUUAGUCAGAAGGUAUUGCUCUAAACUGCCCCCAUGAUACUCCAUCAAAAGACUCUGCUCUGACAAGGAGAAAAGAAAUGGUUUGAUUGCCCGGCAUCCUUCAGUAGAGUGUAGUGGGUAACCCCACCCCUCCAGUACCAUUUUGUAGAUGGAAGAGGUAAUCACCCCGAUUGGAUAGCCUGAGUAAUCAAGAGCCACAUUGCUUAAGCAUUGUUCAAAGGGUCUCACAGAGGGCUGGAAGGGGCUUGCACUCCUGGGCCUGGUGUUCUGUCCUCUGCUCGCUCUGUGUCUGUAGGAAUGACCAUAUGAUGUUCACCACAGCCCCGGGGAGCUGGGACAAGGCUUCCAGUUUCUUUCUCAGCUUCUUGUCCCGUGCAUGGUACAUAGACACCGGCUUGAGUGCCCAGCUCCUGAUGCAACUCUUGCCAAGAGAUGACUAGUUCAUAGAAUGAGCAUGGGCCAG